UAUACAUGAGGAGGCACACAGACACACAUCUAGUCAAUGACACACACAGAGCUCAGAGGAGCGCAGCCAGUCUCUAACACUCCUCAUGAGGAGAUCUUGAGUUGAUCAGGAGCUCAUUCAGUUUGGAUCAGUACUGGACUUUAAAGUGUUUCUUUGUCUGAAAAGGAUCAUUGGAGGACAGAAUGGAAAACAUGUGUGAGAUGUGGAAACGCUGACGAGGGACCGUAAACAGGUGCAGUAGAACGGAAAGACUGCGAAUGAUGCCGCAAAACAUGCUGAUCUUCGACCCUGCGAUGCCCGCUGAGCCAGUUAAAGACGGCAUGACGAUCCCUGGAACCCCUGAGCGAAUCCUUGCUGAGAAAACUAACAACAAUGAGGCUCCUCAACAACCACAGCCACUAGCGACAUCAGUCACCAUCCCUCUCGUCAACGAGGUGCAGUUAACGGCGGCCACCGGAGGGGCGGAGCUAUCCUGUUAUCGCUGCACCGUGCCAUUUGGCGUGGUGGUUCUGAUCGCGGGCAUUGUGGUGACCGCCGUGGCAUACAGUUUCAACACUCACGGUUCGACCAUUUCGUACUUUGGACUUGUGCUGCUCUCAGCCGGGCUGGUUCUGCUUGCUCUGAGUGCUGUUUGCUGGAAAGUUCGUAUGGACAGAAAGAAAGAGCGAAGAAGAGAAAGUCAAACGGCUUUGAUGGCGCACCAAAGAAGCAUCUUUGCUUGAGAAUGGAGAUCCCAAAAUGACUACAGAACCAAUUACUCCAUCGCGUCAAAACCUUCACAAUGGAUGCGUGAAAGCAUUUUCAGCUCACUCUCGGAAUAUGUGCUGAUGUACAAGAAGGGACGAGCUCGGAUGAACUGUUUGCGCAUGAAGUAACUAGGCCAUUUACGUGAACAAAAUCAUACGUUGAAGAAAUUGUAGUUGGAAUUGACUAACGAAAACUAAUUGUGGCUAGAAAGCAGUUCGUUUUAACACAUAUCUCCAUCAUCAUCAUGUUGAGUUACUGCUGCCAUUAUCAAUAAAAAGUUUACGCAGACCAGUUGUUUUUUCGCGGGCACUAAUAAUGCAACGCUAAUUGCACCAGGCAAAAUGCAUCGAUUUUGGUGAAUAAGGUGAAAGAUAUCAAAAUGAAAAGUGCUGAAAAGAACAAGCAUGUUACAUGCACACCAACAUGCAGAAUCAACAAAAAUCACGUUUACGUUGUUCUCUGCUUUUGACGUCAAAACAUAAACAGUCAUGAACAAAAAAUUUGCGCACAUCGGAUAAGCCAGUAUGAACACAGAUAAAGGUGUUUACAUGAAACACGAAAUCGGGGUAAUGGGCAAAUAUCUACAUUUGGCAAUGAUUAAACUGUUUUGGACCUAAAGGGGCGGUCACACUUGGCUUUAAGCUCGCACAUUUUUUUCAGACAACGCAACAGACUAAGUGAUGUCUUACAGGAGGGCUUUUGGUGUAAGUAAAUGAUACAUCACAAAUAACAAAUAAUAUUGUAUUUAAAAUGUUAAAAUAUAUUAUCUACUUACUAUCCUGCAGCUAAAUAAAUACGCAGCUUUGAAAUCUAUAUUCUUUGUAUUGAGCCAAGAUGUCAGAGUGUGCUGUUUCGAUCUUUUAUUGGUCACGCGUCCUCUCAUCAUAUGAAUUCGCAGGUCAGAGUUCGCCAAACUUGAACUCUUGUACGCAACGGAGUACGAAAUUUCUUUGCAUGAGCUUGCGCUUCCAGUCUGCCGCAUUCGGAUAUGCUUGAAUGGGAGUGAAUUGAGCGCAAAAUAUAGUGUGAUCGCUCCAUUAACAGUUAAACAUCUUAAACUGUUUAUGACCGUUUAUAACUCAAUAAAGGAAAGCCAUUUAAGACAUUUACAUGACCACACCCAGUGUUGGCUUAUUAACCAUAAUCGGCAUAAGACCUUACAUUGUGCUUUUCAACAAAAUUCGGUUUACCAAUGGCUUUUUCACAGCCUGUAAUAACACAACAUUAAUUGCACAAUACAAAUAGCGCUGACUUUUGUGAAUAAGGUGCAAUAUAAAAAAAGGUGCGUCCCAAACCACACACUUCUGCACUAUUCAACGGCAUUUUGUAGCGUAAGUAGUGUGAGUAGUAUGUCUACACUUACAAUGCAGCAAAAACAAGUGGACUUUAAGUACCCGGAUGAUGCACUUUUCCAACCAUCAAAACAGAGUGAGGAAUGUUGGACACUUCAUGUCCUCAAUGCACGUGGCUUGCCGUAGAUAGCGGAAGGGGCGGAGUUACCUGGCUGCAAUGCUGGCCUGACAAAACAGUUGUAAAUAAUGAAGAAUGUAGCAGCUAGCAAAACUUCAGUGAAGACGACACCUUACAAAUGUGAGUUGAAUGCUUUACCAUCACCCCAAGCUGUGUGAAUAUGUACGUUGUUUAAGAUACAAGUGUUGAACUGAAGUUGGCUACCGAGCUAAAGCUAGCGGCAACACAUCACGUGUGCUUGAAAUGUCACUUCCAUCAGCUGUUAAACGGUGAUUGCUUCCAUGUACCACAAAACCGUUAAGUGCUCCAUUUGGGAUGAUACUACACUUUGAAAAUGUAUACACUACAUGGCUUAGUGCAUAUUAUAUUUUGUAAGUGCAGAGUGUAUUGUGUGUCAUUUGGGACACAGCUAAAGUGUCUUUGCGCUGAAAAGAAUGUGCACGUUUACAUGCACACCAAUACACUGAUAACAGUUUAUUCAAAUAAAUUAAAAAAAACGCAAGAAACCCAUGAUUACAUGACAUUUGACAUUCUGAUUAUUCUCUGCUUUUGAUGUCAAAACAUAAACAGGAGUGCCCACAACACUUGCACACCUUGGAUAAGCUGAUAGGAAAGUCGCUAAAGGUGUGAACAUGCAACGUGAAAUCGGGGUAAUAGGCAAAAAUUCCCCCAAAAUGUUUGCUCUCACUGAGUCUCACUGAGACUCGCAACUGCAUGUGUCCAGAUGUUCAGACACAGCUGGGACACUGGUUACGCUUUAAUGACCUUUAGUGCAAACUUGCGCAGUUAGUGAUGGACAGAAUGCAGCGCUAGCCAAAAGUCGCUCAUUAGUGCUUUCUUUCUUUCUUUCUUUCUCUUUCUUUCUUUCUUUUUCUCUUUUAUUUUAUUUUCCUGUUCUCUAUUGAUCUCUUUACCCAUCAGGCAGGUUAGCUGGGAUGUGAGCCAAGGCAAAUGUAAAAAAAAUGAAUACAAGUAACCGCUGGGCAAACCCAGAGAGGGGGAAGUGCCAUAUUAAUCCCCGGCUGUUUCCUGUCCAUUUGGGUUAAUGGAAAGACACUGUCUGAGACAUUAAGGAAAAGGAGGUGAAAAAGAGGAAAUGAACAACAAUGAUUUUUCCUCAUUGAGAGCGUCUUUCACUCGGCUACUCUAUAUGUCAAUAAAUUAUCAACUUUAAACUUUAUCACAGACAUCUGGUACUCAUAUCACUUGCAUUAUUAUUUAUGUAUAACAAAUGGAUUUAUAUUUUAUAUUAUUAAAUCUAUUUUGCUAUAUUGUACUUCAGAUUAUGAGGCAGACAUACGACAUAAAUAAAGUGUUAAACGCACUCUAUUUGAGUUAUGGUUUAUAGCUAUGUGAAGUCUACUUCUACUAAAGUCUACUAAAGACUAUUAACCACAUAAUAAACUUUUUUUUGGAUAAGUAUGCACUUUUGAUCAUUUUAAUGAAAUGCAAACAGUGAAGAAAUUAAUUAUUGAUCUUAAAUAUGACUUCAGGUUCUUAAUCUUUGGACUCUGUAAAAUAAAAAGUGUUUUAAUCUUUUAUAUUUGUAACCAUCAUUUAGUUUCUUCCAUUAUGUUUGACUUUGUUUGUGGAAAUGUUAUAUCUGUAAGUUGUCGACAGAACUAUUUUUAAUAAACUUUUGGAAUGAUGAAUGUUUUAUUUCAUAGCAUUGUUCGGAAUUAUUUUUUUGACAUUUUGUUUUUCUUAUAUAUAUACUUGUGAAGGCUGAAUUCUAAAACAGAUUCUGAUUCUGAUACUGAUACAGAUAAAAAACUAUUUAGAUAAAAACCGAUAGCUCAAGGCAGUUGCAUAUGUAGGCAGUAGACAGCAAGGCAGCUCACCAGGUUUUGGUUUUGAGCCACAGUCAUUUCAUGUGUGUACAUUGAUUAAAGCAGACUGGCUUUAAUUAUUUCUCCAAUCACUCAUGACUCGUCACUUUGUUUGAAGUUCCAGUCAAAGUGUAAUUUGGGUCAGGUGGAAAAAACACCAUUCAAUGUAAAGCGCUCUUUCAUGUGAAAUGCUGUGAGCGAUUAAAACUUUCAAUAAUGAAUGGAAGGAAAUGUUGCUUUUGUUUGCAAUGUGUUCUGUAGGGCUCCGUGACUGACUGUGCUGUAUAUUGUGUGCAUGUGAACACUAGCAAUCAGCUGUGUUUUGACUUUAAUGCACAUAUGAACAUGAAAUGCAGAUUUGUUGCUGAGGUUUGUUUUAAAUGAGUUAAACAUUUCAGAAGUCAAGAGAGGAGAUUUGUUUUUCUAUUGAUAAUAGUUCAACAAAAUGUAUUUUUUUCAUUUUUGCAAAGCAUCACCCAGGCAAUCCCAGAGAACACAACAGUAACCACAUAGUGACAUGCUAAAAACACUCAGAACACACUAACAAUGCCCUAGCAACCAUCCAGAACACCCAAGCAACACACUAACAACCAUUUAGAACAUCUUGGCAAUCAUAAAACAACAUCCUAGCAGCACCUUAGCAACCACCCAGAACACCCUUGCAACCCCCUAGCAUCCACUCAGAACACCCUGGCAAACACCUAGCAACCACCCAGAACACCAUUGCAACCACCUAGCAACAACACAAAACACCCUACCAAACACCUUGCAAAACCAUAGCAACCACCCAGAAGGCCCUGGCAACACACUAACAACCAUGCAGAACAUAAUGGCAAUUGAAUAGCAACACCCUAGCAACCACCCAGAACACCCUUGCUACCUUCUAACGACCCCCUAGCAACCAAUGAAACAGGACUCCAGACUAAAAAAAUGACUUAGGAGCCAUUGGCUCACACACCCUAGCAGCAACCACCCAGAACACCCUAGUAACACACCUGCAACAACUCAGAACAUCUUGGCAAUCAGAAAGCAACACCCUAGCAACCACCAAGUACACCUUAACAACCACAAAAAACACAUUUGAAACAUCCUAGCAUCUACCCAGUACACCCUGGCAAACACCCUAACAACCACCAAGCAACACCCUAGCAACCACCCAGAAUACCCUUGCAACAACCUAGCAUCCACCUAGAACACCCUAGCAAACAGCCAACUAACGAAGCCCUAGCAGCAGCCACACAAAAUUACCUAGCAAACAUCUUGCAGUGACAUAGCAACCACCCAGAACACCCUUGCAACACUCUAACAACAACUCCUAACAUCUUGGCAAUCAGAAAUCAA